GCGACCGCUCGAUGGCAACACUGACGCCGCCAUUGUGAGGAGGAGACGCCACGUUACAACUCACCAAGCGUCGUUUCUUGUCUAAUUUGAGUGGCUUCCGGACCGACUAAUACAACGAAUAUACGCUCGGUGCUUGCAGAAGGAUGCCAGGAUAUUACCAUGAGGACCAGUUUGGGUCAGGGGGUGGCGGCAGCAGCCGUUACAGAAGUGGGAGCAACAGAGGUGGCAGAGCCAGUGGUGGCUAUGGUCGAGGGGGCGGAGGUGGGGCCAGCGGAGGAGGUGGAAGCUACAGUCGCGGGAACUACAGCCGUGGAGGAGUGAGCAACCACAACCCACACUAUAGUGGAGGUGGCAGUUACAGCAGCAACAGGCACCAUGGAGGGGGCAGCCACAGUGGCACUGGUGGAUAUGGGGACGGAGGCUAUGGACGCACAGGCCAUGCUUCUAGCCAGGGCAGGUACAGCGGUGGCAUGAACUCAGGCAGCAUGAUGGUAAACCCUUGGGAGAGCGGCAUGGUGCCCACAGCUGGGGGAGGCAGCGGAGGCAACGGGCUUCUGCCAACACCAGGAGGUUCAGGGGGUAGCAUUGUGGGGGGUGGGGGAGGGGGCACAUCCAACCUGCUGGGUUCCCUUAGCCAGCUCAGCCAGAUGGGCAAUAACGAAUCCAAACUGGCGCUCAACAUACUCAAUGCCGUGCUGUCGUCGGUAAGUUUGGUUUUCGUCUUUGUUGCAUGCAUGGUCAGAUUUUUAUAGUGGAACCCUUUGUUUUUUGUUUUUUGUUUUAUUUGAUUUGUCAGUUUAUGAUUUUACAGAGGAUUACCUUAAUAGUAUAGAUUG